AUGGCCAGAAGAGCUGCGUCAAAUCAAUCUGUGUCUGACAUAACGUUUUCCGAUGAUGAGGAUGAUGGAGAUUUCAGUGGUAGUGAAAGCGUUUUUGAACCACCAGAUGAUGAUUCUAAUACAGAAGACGAUAAGGACACUUCUUCAGAAUCCAGUGAAAAUGACCAAAAUGUUCCCACUUUUUGGUCAAAUCCCGAACCGUCUUUUGAGCCCCGACUGAAGGUUAGUUCUUACCGCGAUUCAAUUGUAAAUGACGACUUCAAUCGUGUUGACACCUCACUGGUAAUUUUUAAAGAAAUCUUCCCUCAAAGCCUUUUCAAUUACAUUGCUCAAUGCACUAAUGAGCGACUUCAGAUUAUGCAAAAGAAAAAACGUACAACCAAAAUAAAACUAACUGAUGAGGGAGAAAUAAAAAUUGUUAUUGGCUGCAUGCUAAUUAUGUCCUACAACAGAGUGCCUUCUUCCAAAGAUUAUUGGUCUAAAAAUGUCUCGCUUAGAAAUGAGGCAAUACAAAAUGCAAUUUCACGGGAUCGGUUUGUUAUGCUUAUUUCAAAAAUGUAUUUCGCCCCGCCAGAAAAGCCUGAUGGAGCAGAAAAAACGUAUUACAUUGGUGAUAUAGUAGAAUGCUUGAAGCACCGGUUCUUGAGAGCAAGACAAGACAGCCCCUUCCAGAGCAUUGACGAGUCUAUGACCAAGUUCAAAGGCCGUUCAUCGCUGAAGCAGUACAUGCCACUAAAGCCUACCAAACGUGGAAUAAAAAUGUGGCUGCGUUGCGAUGCUUUGAGUGGUUAUACGUAUGACUUCAAUAUUUACAGCGGUCGUGAAGAACAGGUAUUAAAAGGAACCUUAGGGGAACGUGUUGUAAAUACGCUGGCAGAGACAAUCAAGGAGAAAGACGUUACACUUUGUUUCGAUCGCUUUUUUACAAGUAUAUAUUUGCUUAAAAGCCUGAAACAAGCUGCUCUUGGUACUAUUAUGACUAACCGCAAGGGCUUACCGAUUAUUCAUCAAAAAUUAAAAAAAGGUGAAUCAGCUAUCAAGGCCAGCAAUACAGGAGUAAUGUUCGUAAAAUGGCACGACACUAAGGUGGUAUCCGUUCUGAGCAACUGUCAUACUGCAAAUGUCGUCGAAGUCAAUAAAAAGCAAAAGAACGGAAAACAAAUAACCAUACCAUGUCCUGAAUUUAUCAAAUUCUAUAGAGAGAUAUUGGGUGGGGUUGAUCGGGCCGACCAACUAGCAGGGUUGUACGAGGUAGACAGGAAAUCUACAAAAUGGUGGAAAAAAGUUUUUUAUAGGCUCUUGAUGAUGAGUGUUGUAAAUUCAAACAUUAUUCAUUCACAACUAAUCUAA